AUGUCGUACCUGAAGGCAGAAGUCUACUCCGCUCAGGUCUUACCGGGUGAAGAACCCAAGGAUGACUCCUUCAAUGAAAUCACAAAGGCUUUCCGUGCGUUCAUCAUGGAGUUUCGUCUCAACAACUCUUUCAUCUACAGAGACCAGUUGAGAGAGAACUUGCUUAUCAAGAACUUCUACCUCAAAGUUAAUUCUGAACACUUGAUUGGUUUUAAUGAAGAACUUAACAAAAAGCUUUCGGAUGAGCCAGGUGAGAUGGUGCCGCUUUUCGAGAAUGCCAUCACAGAUAUCGCCAAGAGGAUCGCUUUCCUUUCAGACGAUGAGGUUCCUCGUGACUUUCCUCAAUGCCAAUUGAUCUUGUACUCCAACUCGUCUACUGUUUCCAUCAGAGACUUGGAUUCGGACCAUAUCUCCAAGAUUGUCAGAGUGAGCGGAAUCAUCAUCUCGGCUUCUGUGCUUUCUUCGAGAGCCACAAAUGUCCAGUUGGUGUGCCGUAACUGUAAGCACACAAUGAAGAUGAAAGUGGCUUCUGGGUUUGGUCCAUUGCAUCUUCCAUCGAAAUGUCUUGCUACUCACAACCAGGAAAGUGGAAGAAACCAACAGAAGUGUCCCCUAGACCCAUAUGUGGUUGUCCAUGAUAAGUCUACCUUUAUUGACCAGCAGGUUUUGAAGUUGCAAGAGACUCCAGAUGCUGUCCCAGUUGGUGAAAUGCCUCGUCACAUCUUGGUCCAGGUGGACAGAUAUUUGGCCAACCAGGUUGUUCCAGGAACCCGUGUCACUUUGGUCGGUACCUACUCGAUCUACCAGUCUAAGCAGAGAUCUUCUGGAACCUCCAACACUGUUGCCAUCAGAAACCCUUACUUGAAGGUUUUGGGUAUUCAGACUGAUGUUGACACUGCCGCUCAAGGUCUCUCUUUCACUGAAGAAGAGGAAGAGGAGUUUCUCCGUAUUUCUCGUUUGCCAAACUUGUACGAGGUGUUCUCUCGCUCGAUUGCGCCAUCUAUUUAUGGUAAUGACGAUAUCAAGAAAGCUAUUACCUGUUUAUUGAUGGGCGGAUCCAAGAAAAUCUUGCCAGACGGCAUGAGAUUGCGUGGUGAUAUCAACGUUUUGCUUUUGGGUGAUCCUGGUACCGCCAAGUCCCAGUUGUUGAAGUUUGUGGAAAAAAUCUCUCCGAUCGCCGUGUACACUUCCGGUAAGGGUUCUUCUGCGGCCGGUUUGACUGCUUCGGUGCAGAGAGAUAGUCAGACCAGAGACUUCUACUUGGAAGGCGGUGCCAUGGUGUUGGCAGAUGGAGGUGUCGUCUGUAUUGAUGAGUUCGACAAGAUGAGAGAUGAAGAUAGAGUGGCUAUUCACGAAGCCAUGGAACAGCAAACCAUUUCCAUCGCCAAGGCUGGUAUCACCACUGUUCUUAACUCCAGAACAUCUGUGUUGGCUGCUGCUAACCCCAUCUUUGGUCGUUACGACGACUUGAAGAGUCCUGGUGAGAACAUUGAUUUCCAAACCACCAUUCUUUCUCGUUUCGAUAUGAUUUUCAUUGUUAAGGAUGACCAUAACGAGGCCAGAGAUAAACUGAUUGCUCAGCACGUUAUGAAUAUUCAUACCGGUAACAGCAACAACAACAAUGAGAACCAGGAGGGCGAGAUUCCUAUCGACACGAUGAAGCGUUACAUUCAAUACGUGAAAACUAAGUGUGCCCCUAGACUUAGUCCUGAAGCGCUGGAGAAGUUGCUGUCUCAUUUCGUCGCCAUUAGACGUCGUCUUCAAGUGAACGAAGCCGACAUGAAUGAAAGAUCUUCCAUUCCUAUUACAGUACGUCAAUUGGAAGCUAUCAUUCGUAUCACCGAAUCCUUGGCCAAGUUGACAUUGCUGCCAGUUGCUUCCCUGGACCACGUCGACGAAGCUAUCAGGUUAUUCACUGCCUCUACCAUGAAUGCUGUGGACCAAGGUAUCCAGAGCGGUAACAUGAUGGCCUCCGGCAAGUUCGCUGGUGAAAUCAAGCUUGUUGAAGACGAAUUGAGAAGGAGAUUGCCUAUUGGCUGGUCCACGGCUUACAGAACUCUUCGAAGAGAGAUUGUUGACGCAGGCAGAGCCACACCAGAGGCUUUGGAUAAAGCGCUACAUAUCAUGGAGAGACAUGAAGUUAUCAGAUUCCGUCACCAGAGACAGAAUAUUUUGCGUGAAACGAAUCCUCGUGGAAUUCCAAAGGCACCUUUCAUUGAGAAGGUCGAAUCGGUUGUCACUGAUCCUUCCAACUAUGAAACAAUCUUUAGUGCCUUCUCGGACAGAUUACAGCAAUACAAGUAUAUGGAGCUCUCCAAGAAGCAGCAGCUUGCUGAUUUGAACAUAAAGAUCCCUGAUGCUGAGAAGAACCUAGAAGUUAUUGAGCUCCUCAAGCAAAAGAAGGAGAACGAAGACGAUGAAGAAGACAAGUCUAUUGAGACGAACUACGAAUUGGACAGCACUUUGUAUACGAAGGCUACUAUUGAUGCUGAGAACCUCAACUCUGUUUACUUAUGGCUCGGAGCCGAGGUCAUGUUGGAGUAUCCCUUGGACGAGGCCGUGGAGCUCUUGAACUCCAGACUAGACAGCCAUAAGAAACAGUUACAGUCAGUGGAGGAGGACCUUGAGUUCUUGAGAGAAAGCAUCACCACCAUGGAGGUCAACACAUCCAGAUUGUACAAUUGGGACGUGAAAAGAAGAAGAGAGGAAAAGAAGUAA